CCAGAGAAACAGGUCAUUUACCGCGUAUUUAGAAGCCAAGUAUGACUUUCAUAUGAUAUGACUAUUGGAUUUAUGUCAUUACGAUCAUAACCCAGAAAUAAAGGAGCAGGAAACAAAACGGUGGUGAAGCCAUGCAGGUGUCAGUGAGAAGGCUGGCUCUGUAUCCGCUGGGUGUUUUCCGGUCCGGACAAAUUGGCGUCGCUCGCCUGAGCCCAGUAGCCCGACUCCGGUCCCCCAGCACCCGCUCCCUGUUCAGUGAGACGGGAGUGUGGGAUAAGCACUAUAAAAUAGAGACCCGACGCCGAGUGGAAGAAUGGUGGCACCCACGAAUUAUGGCACAGUGGCGGAAGGAUGCGCUGGAGGAGAGUUCCGACAGGAAGAAGUUUUAUGUCCUCUCCAUGUUUCCGUACCCAUCAGGCCAACUACACAUGGGACAUGUACGAGUGUAUACCAUUAGUGACACUCUCGGCCACUUCCAGAGAAUGAGAGGCCAUCAGGUGUUGAAUCCGAUGGGUUGGGAUGCUUUUGGACUUCCAGCUGAAAAUGCAGCCAUUGAGAGAGGACUCGACCCAGAGGAGUGGACUAAAAGCAAUAUCCAGUCCAUGCGGGAGCAGCUGGACAGCCUCGGCCUUUGCUUCAACUGGGAACGGGAAGUGACCACUUGCCUACCAGACUACUACAGGUGGACUCAGUAUCUGUUUAUCAAGCUCUUUGAAGAAGGACUGGCCUAUCAGAAAGAGGCUGUGGUGAACUGGGACCCUGUUGAUCAGACAGUGCUGGCUGAUGAGCAGGUGGAUGAAAAUGGUCGCUCCUGGAGGUCUGGCGCCCUGGUGGAGCAGAAGCUGCUCACACAAUGGUUCAUCAAGACUACAAACUAUGCCAAGCCUCUCCUGGACGCGCUGGCAGACCUUCCAGAGUGGUAUGGUGUCAAAGCCAUGCAGGCAAACUGGAUUGGAGAGUGCACCGGCUGCAACUUCGAUUUCAAGCUCAAGGUGAACGGGGAGGAGACAGGGGAGACCCUGUCAGCCUACAGCUCCUCCCCGGAGACGGUGUUCGGAGCGGCUUACCUGGCCAUCCUGCCCUCCCACCGACUGCUGCACGGUAGAAGCUCAGUGCGCUCUGCUUUGGAGAAAGCCUUUCAGCCAGGCACCGACUCGCUCACAGAGGUCACUGCUCAAAACCUUUUCACUGGCCACGAGGUUCCGCUGGUCAUAUCUCAGAAGGAAGAGUUUGAUGGCUAUCUGGAUGCUGUGAUCGGUAUCCCAGACUGCAGUGAGGCAGACAUGUCUGUGGCCAGAGCUCUGAAUCUGAGGUGUCCAACUGUGCUGAAAAGUGAUGAAGACGGGAGACAAACGCUGAUCAACUCUGAUGAGUUCUCAGGCCUCACCAGAGAGCAGGCAUUUGACUCCAUUACCCUGAAGGCUUCCGAGCAGAAGGUUGGCGGCCACCUUACCAGCUCCAAGCUCAGGGACUGGCUGAUUUCAAGGCAGAGAUACUGGGGCACACCCAUCCCCGUAGUGCAUUGUGGGUCUUGUGGUCCAGUUGCUGUCCCUGAGGAGGAGUUACCAGUUACAUUACCAAAGAUGCCAUCUCUCAAAGGAAAGGGUGCGUCGCCACUGGAGGCUGCUCACGACUGGGUGAACUGCAAGUGUCCCAGAUGUAAGGGCCCAGCGAGGAGGGAGACCGACACCAUGGACACGUUUGUGGACUCUGCCUGGUAUUACUUUAGAUACACAGACCCUCAUAACACAGACAGGCCUUUUGAUCGCCACCUAGCGGACCACUGGCUGCCGGUGGACGUGUACAUCGGAGGGAAGGAGCAUGCUGUCAUGCACUUGUACUACGCUCGCUUCCUCUGUCACUUCUGCAAGGAUCAGGGUCUUGUCGCUCACAGGGAGCCUUUUCGGAAGCUGCUGGUCCAGGGUCUGAUCAAGGGCCAGACUUUCAAACAAGCAGACAGCGGCCGGUACCUAAAGAGAGAAGAAAUCGACUUCACAGAUGAGGAGCCGGUGGUGCAUGGCGGUGGCCGUGUUGAGGUGACAUGGGAGAAGAUGAGCAAGUCGAAACACAAUGGUCUGGACCCCCAGGAGGUGGUGCAGCAGUACGGCGUGGGCACGGUGCGACUCUACACCCUUUACGCUGCACCCCCUGAACAGGACAUCCUCUGGAAUGUCAAGACGGAUGCCCUCCCCGGUGUCCUGCGAUGGCAGUCUCGGCUCUGGAAGCUGGUAACCAAGCUGAGGGGGGCUCGGCAGCUCGGAGACGUCCCGUGCCCCUCCCUGCUGAAAAAGAAAGAGCUGGCAGAGACAAAGAAGAUCUGGGAGAACAAGAACUACGCAAUUCAAGAGGUGACAUCUCACUUCACAGAGGACUUCCUCUUUAACGCAGCUAUUUCUCGACUGAUGGGACUUACCAAUACACUUGGUAGUACGACGGUCAAGGUGGUGCAGCACAGUGUUGAGUUUGAAGAAGCUCUGGCUGCGCUGGUUUUGAUGACGGCACCAAUGGCUCCGCACUUGGCUUCAGAACUUUGGGCAGGUCUUCGCCAGGUGAAACACCCCGUCAGCCACCUCCUCCAGCGGGGAGGAGACGUCCUGCAACAGUUGUGGCCGACUGUGGACGCUGAGUACCUGGAGGCCCCUGACUUUGUGGAGCUGUCUGUACUGAUAAACAACAAGGCCUGUGGGACAGUGACUGUGCCGCUGCAGGUGUCUAAAGACUCUGAGCGGGUGCAGCAGUUCAUCCUGGAGAGCCCGUUUGGACAGAAGCUUCUUGGCGAGCGCAACAUCAAGAGAGCCAUCCUCUCCCCCAGGACGGCCCUCAUCAACUUCCUCAUUGACGAGUGAUAUUUGGGCAUUUAACGCUGCUUUGUGGACGCCUGUCAAUCAUUGACUCGGCCCAAAGAGACAAAAGGUGGACUUUUAUAUUAAUUAAGACAAAGUGAAUGACUGUUUGUAUUAACUGUCACAAAUUCAAUGUAAAUAUUUCUAAAAUAUAGUUUUUGUUUAUACUUUGCUGUUUUUUAAUAAAAGACUCUGUGGGA